GUUUGCGCGUAUUCAGUUCUCAGCCGUUGCCUUGAGCAGUUCGCAAAACCGGCCGUAAACAACAAACACACUCAGUAGUCUCAGUAUUUGCCGCUGCCCGCAAUCACUACCCGUAGUAAUUCGCAUUUGGUUGUUUUUUGUUGUUGUUGUUUAUUUCCCGAAGUUUUGUUUGUAUUUUAUUCUGCGUGCUCCAGUAGCGUCACUACCCACGGUUGUCGUAGUGCCUAUCCAGAGUGUUGCCUGUGAAAGCAAGCAAAGCAUUUGUGUGAUCGUGUGAAGACGCCGACCACGUGCGGCACAAAUUCCCAGCUCCAGCUCCAAGCAGGUAGCGAGCCGCUGCUGCUCCAUCAAUCAACCCGUGCGACAAACAGCUGAGCCACCGAGAGUGAAGCGUUACGCAGAAUCGCAUCGCACCCUUUUGCGGCAGACUCACACUACUACCGACCAGCCUAAUCACCAUCAUGCCUGGACGUCCACUGUGGCAGGUCGCCGGCAAGCGGGAUCGCGACCAGGAGCGCGAAGCGCAGCACUGGAUCGAGACGGUGAUCGGGGAAAAGUUUCCGGCCGGCCACGUCUACGAGGACUGCCUGCGGGAUGGCAUCCUGCUCUGCCGGCUGAUGAACCGGCUGUCGCCGGGCAUUGUGCCGAAAAUCAACACCACCGGGGGCGACUACAAGAUGAUGGACAACAUUAAUCAGUUCCAGAAGGCGUGCAUCAAGUACGGCGUGGCCGACGUCGACCUCUUCCAGACGACCGAUCUGUGGGAUCGCAAAAACGUUGCCCUCGUCACGACGACCAUCUUUGCCGUUGGCCGAGCGUGCUACAAGCAUCCGGAGUUCCGCGGCCCGUACCUGGGACCCCGGCCGGCCGAGGAGAAUCGGCGCGAGUUUACCGAGGAGCAGCUGCGGGCCGGCGAGGGCCUGAUCGGGCUGCAGGCCGGAUCGAACAAGGGCGCUACCCAGGCCGGGCUCAACUUUGGCGCCACCAGGAAGAUACUGCUCGGCAAGUAGGGCCACGGAGAGAAGGUGCAGCAGACGGAGCAGAAUAAGGAGGAAAAACAUAGCAACAAACAAACAAACUAAAUGAAAAGAAGAGUUGCCCCGGAGAGCUAACUUUUCCGCCGCGACCAGUUCGUCGCUUGCCGAAAGGCGUGACAUUUUUUUCUUUUAUCAUGGCUCAUGCUGCACACUAAAAUUCUAGCUGUAUUGUAUUUACGUAUAUGCUUUUUGUCCCUGAAGCCUUCGGUACGUUGUUCUUUGUUUUUGUCCGUCAAUGGGGAGUAAGCAAGCAAUCGCAUCACUCAACAUCAACUUAAAUUAUUAACUUAUUUAUUGCGUUUAAAAGAGAAGCGUUGGCACUUGCUCUGGGCAUUUUAUAAGAUCACGAUAACAUAAAUAAUACCCCCGAUGAUGUCGCAAGUAUUAAUGCACAAGAGAAAACACAAAAAAGUGUAUGGAGAGGACCAGGGACAACAUUCAAAACAAAUUUUGGGUAGGCUUCUUUCGGCGCGUAGAACAUUUCCAAAAAAAUCAAGAACACACCGCCAACGUGGCACAGUUUAUACACUAUACUAACACCACUAACUGAGUAAUGUGCGUGUGCGAGUUAAAAAAAAUUUAAUCUAUUUUGACCUUACGCCAGAACAAGUAUUACACUACUCCCCCACACGCUUUUCUCUCGCGACUACUUUCAUACAAAUCUGGACAAAAUGGGGGGUUUUGCUUUAUCGAUGUUGUUUCUUGUUAAUUUUUUUUCUGACCCAAACAAUAAAGUACAAUAUAUUGCCUUUCAAAAAGAA